AUGCGCAGCCUCCGACCGACCACCCGGUGCAGGCUGAAGAAGCAAGACCAGGUGGGUGGCCAGUCAGACGGGCGGCAUGCGGAGGCGGCUCUGGGCCCGACAGGCCUCGACGGCGGGAGCAUCGGAGCAGAAUUGAUGCAUGCUUCGUUGCCUUCCGUGUCGGCUUCCCAUCGACACUGGAAAGUGGCUGCCUACCUGCGUGCCUGCCUGCAGCUCGCCCGUGCCUGUGCCCGUAACCCCGCUGAAUCAUCGUCGGGGAUGCUGUUGCAUCCUUCCCGCCAGCUUCCAUCACAUGUGACAACAUGA